GGCCGUGCAAUGCGAAUGGCAUCGGGUUCAGCCUUACUCUAUUCUGCUAUCUAGAGUUUCUUCUACGUUUCGCUUUCUAUUUUAUCCAGUUUCUCUUUCUUGAUCGAGUUCUCGCAUUCCGAAAUAUGUCCUGCACUGUAAGCAGGCGUUGGGACAUAGUGCAUUUGGACGCCAAGUGGCAAACUCUUGGCUGAUAUUCCAAAUUCACACAGCCUUCUCUCCAGCCUUCUUUGUCUCAUUCUCUUUGGACUCACCGGCCCUGGAUGGCCCUAUGAUAUUCUUAGCCUGAGUGCAGAUUCGAUGUUAGACACAUACACUGUCAUAUUCAAUAUUCAAUAGCAUGCAGGAACAUUGAUUGAUUCACGGAGGGUUUCUUCCCCCUGCGUGUUAGUUAUUAUUUGAUCACCCACAUUAAUUCAGUGCGCAGUUCUGAUUAAGCUACUGCCACUGGCUGCUUUCAAGCCUACAUAUGUACCGCAUCAAUAUUCGGGCAGUCCUCCGAGCUUUACUUGGGAUGAGAGCGAAGGACGAUCAUUUUUCUGUCUUAUGUACGGCUCGAAGACUUGCUUCACAGCACCAAUUUCGCCCAUUGGCUAUUGUUUCCCCUUUCUUGAUCUUCUACUCAAUGAGCUGUUUUGUUAUCUUGCAAAAUAUUCCCAGCAUCAACCUGUUUAUCUAGGAACAUUUGGCAUUGGCCCAGUAUUGUUUAGAAUCCAUGGUACCACGGCGUUUCUUACGUAAGGUUGCCUUUGUACAUCACAUGUCCUGGUUACUUACAAAAGCUCUGGUCUUCUGGUAUCUAUUGAAUGCAUCGGGGUGCCUUAGUGCGAAUGAAUCCAUGCUCAUAGGGGGUCGUGGUCCAAGUUCAAAAGAAUAUCAAGCUGAUGCCUUUCCACGUCCCUACAAAAGCAACUACAGCUCGGUUGGCGAUCUACCUCUGAGCAUUGGUAAGGAUCACAGGCCACUAUCGCACAGAGAUAGGCAUUCAAGUAUUAUUGUUUAUUGUGUAGUGGAUAUUGCUGAGAAAACCAGCAGAAGCUGUGCUACUGUACUGAACGAGUGGCCCAAGCUCCCUUCUUGGCCGGCAAGGGCAGAGUUGAGCCCCUACUCAAUUCAAGCCUCAGUUGGCUCGCAUGAGUUUUCGGAACGAUGUUUGAGCUUCGUAUCGUAUUUGCCAGUGUACUUACUACCUUUACUCCUGUUUUGAUUUAUGGCAAGAACUUUGUGACUCCACAGAUCUUGAAAGAUCAUUACAGCGGCAUCCAUGUGUGGCUGGAGGCUUAAUAAAAGAUUUACAACAGAAAGUUACUUCUUUCACUUGGUUAACGCUUAUGUCACUUUCUCUAGUUUACAGCUGUGAACUUCGAACAUUCCGACGAAAGAACCAUCUUCAUCCGGCAAGCGUGUCUUAGAAUCCAAGUGGCUAUUCUGGGAAACACACUCCUGCAGACGACCCCACCAUCAUACAUCGGAGAAUUUACGAGGCGACUCCAGAAGCUUUCAGGUUGAACGCCACAGAUCGCAAAGAAAGUAAAAAGAUAAGUUUGAAGGUCCAGCUUUAGACAAUAAGCUUAAGCUACUGUGCCGCCUCUUCUUUUUCUGGAAGAACAAAGGACGUUUAGGGCCGCCACCAACCACUUUGAUGGGACAGUGAGGUUACACUCAACGGGUCUAUUUUCGUCUCCAACUCUGUCUGACCUUACCCGUCCUCAAGUCACCUCAUAUGAGGCGGCUUCCGAUCACGAGAUAAUUCCCAGCCCCGUUUGCAGAAUUCGGCAGGGUUGAAUAAGUGCCGUACUCUACAUCUUUAUGCCCGUUAGCACUCUGUGCAUUAGGGCACAAUGCAAUCGAAGCUUGGGAUCACCACAAACAUGACACAAGUCCUGGAGGAUGCCAACCGACAAGGCUCCUGCAUAUCCCCGUGUGCCUGUGCCGGCUGAGAGGCAUGCCGACGAGUGGUUGGAUACCACCAGAUUUAGAUACUUGACAUGCCGACUGCAGUGACUUACACUUCUACUUCCUCUUCCACUUCACGGGGGAGGGGCAUGCUAUGGCGGAAAGCUUAAUUCUCUCAGUGGUUGGAUUCGGGUGAUAGUGAUAGCUGCUGGUACGGUAUCUGGUAUGCUCUUCGCGUCUUGCUGGCCCCAUCACAAUCUUUUGCAUGAUGGUUCAAGUUGAUAAGCGCCCUGUCGGUCUGCUGCCGCACCGUCCCGACGCCUAAUUGGACGCAGGCUGGACAGCCAAAGCAAGGCCGCCCACAUGUCACGCAGGCCCGCCAAUCAGCACGUGUGCCAAAAUUGGACAUCCCCGUCUGUGCAUGGGGCUAGUACCCGCUAGUCCGCCCCCUGCCCCACAGCGUCCUUUCUUCCUCGACUGCAAGCACGAGCAGGGGUCCUUAGUCCUAAGGAGGCCCCAUUAAGAUGGCCGGGACCCCUCCAUCCAACCUGCUCGAUCUCGUUUCGUGCUCAACGACGAGCCUCAAUCUUUUCUCAUCUUUUGGGACCAGAUGUGUUCAGGCCAGAGUCGUCGCCGCCGCCAGACGAAGCCGAAAGCCCUUCGCUGGGUGCACGUCUAAACAGGACAGACAGAACAGGAACAGGAACCGAGCAGGAUAGGCGAGAGAAGUUGCUAUUUUUGGAUACCAGAUUGAUAUCAUGGCGACCUUGCGAGAGGCAGCUCGUCGACGCUUGAAUCUGGACCCGUUGACGACCUCCCUCAAUCUCCCUCAACAUCAGCCUCACCAGCAGACUCCCAGUUCUGCUUUGUCAUCGACGUCUCUGAGUGCCCCCUUUGGGUACAACCCGUCGUCGUUCACUCCAGUGAGUGCGGUCAGGACAUCCGCUUACAACCCAGCACAAUGGUCGAAUUCACCCAGUGUCACGCCAGACAGCAGCACUCAUUUCUCAUCGGGGCAUUCUUCAGCACGCCCUCAAGAUGUGGAGAGUAUGCACAAUCUCUUUUUCUGCGAAUCAUCUUUGUUCAUGAACUGCUGUGCUGUCUAAUUAUACCUGUGGAGACGCUAACUGCUCCCCGUAGUUACCCCACCCCCUCCUCCGCCUUACAGUCCCCCUAGGUCACAGCGAACUUCAAUGAUUAUGAAUGAAGAACCGUCUUCUGGCAUUUCACCUGCUUCUCGACUUUCACCAUCAAAUCAGUACCGGUCAUCCCCAGAACCUACAUCAAAUCCUACGUUUCCACCUCCUCCAAAUACUCGGCAACGUGCUGGCUCCAGUGAUAGAACACCACACUUGUUUAGUAUAUCUUCAUUUUCCAGAAGACCUGCACAGCCUGCGCAGCCUGCACAACAAGAAGCACCAAGACCUUCACCCGAAAUCAACAGAGAUCAUGCUUCGGGUUCACGGCGGCCAGUGCCAAUUUCUAUUGAGGCGCCGUCAUCCGAGGAAGAAGGCUCAAUACAGGCCGAGUCAAGACCACCGGCUUCUCGGAGAGCUGCAUCUACUGGGGCUAUAAGUACUCCGUCGUCAUCCCGCUCGCGAGGUUCGUCAACAUCAAGAUGGGAGCCUGGGAUGCCACUGCCCCCACCCCCUCCUGGGCCUCCUCCGCUAUCCUCGAGAUCACAGAGUAUGAGUCGAUCGACUGAUCGUGUUGUCUCUCCACCAACUAGAAGGCCUGGGCCGAUGUCUUCUCUGGGACCCGUCCCUCCAACUCCUGCGGGCUGGGUGGACGAAGAUAUUGCUGGGAGAGGUAGAUCCCCCAAUCGUGGACUUCAUAUCGACACAUCCAGCGUUGGCUCGAGUACUGCUGCAGAAUCCAAUUCGGGCUCUAGUUCGUCAGGCUUGGCUAGGGCCCAUGCUGUGAGAGGCGAAAAGAGUCUUCGAGAAAGGAGAACCGAAAGCAAAACCAGGCGAAGCGCUGUCACAGAAGAGCCUUCCAAUAAUCCUUGGGCCGAAGCUAUCACGCCUUCAGAUAUCGUUCUCCCACAGACGUUACUCACUCGAAGACCAACAAUCACACGGUCAACUCCGAGAAGUGCAAGAUCACACCAUGUCGAAACACCAAGAUCUGCUGAGUUCCAGCACAAUACUCCUGUACAAGGUGGCCCAGGAACUGGAUCUAGGGGCUCAACUCCCCGCCCACCUGGUUCUUCUAGUCGACCUGAAGCUCCAACCCCACCUUUCUCUCCCGGCCAAAUCAAGGCUGCCUUCAUCGAGGGGUCUCCCGCAAUACCACCGAAGGCAUUGCCUACUCCUCCACCUCAGUCCAGGCUCACCAUGAGCUCUCCAGGUCGACCCGUAUCGCAUAUACUUCAUAUCCCAAACAAUGACAACACGACUAUCGCAGCAUUAGUCCCGUCGCGGCCUGGAUCAAGGCAAUCGAAUCACAGUCAAAUGUCACAAAUCUCACCUGCAGAGCAAUUUUCGCGUGCCGCUGUAGAAAGGCACCAGGCAUUUGCACAGAGAGAGGCAGCUGCCGCAACCGAUGGCGAGCGUGUUCGAAUUUUUGCAGAGUUCAUAGUUACUGAAUCUCGUUUACGAAGAGAAAGAUAUGCGUCAGCAAUUGAUGACAUGGGGUCAGAAAUUCUUGAGCUAACCCGCGAUCUAUUUCGACCGUACAGCAGCCCUAGGAGAGAAUCUAUGGUUUCAAGGUCCAGUGCAUGGACUCCGGAAUCAUCAACGGGACCUAGAUCACCAGGUCCUAUGGGCAAUCGAUCACAUCGAGGCUCUCUAAUGGCGGCUUUACACGAUGCACCCAAACUGCAGACAGCUCAGGAGCCGUCGUCUGGCUCAACACCCUCUUCUCCGGCACUCGGACGACCAGAAUCGACUUGGUGGACUGGUUAUAUGCCUUCUCUCUCGCCAAUUCCAAGUAUGAGUGUGAGCGAAGCGCCAGAUGGUUCAGAUUCUAGAGGUCGACCAUCAAGCAGGUGGUGGGAGGUUAGUCAGGAGGGUUCAAAUGGCACUCCAUCAAUGCGACUGGAACGAUCAAAACGAGAGUCCAAAUACAUGGGUAUGCCAAGAGAAUUACGGGAAUCUUUGCAAUACGAGAAUAGUGACCCUAGAGCGAGUCAAAAUGGCAAGGGAAUCGAUAUGUCUGAGCCCAGAAGCGUGCAAAAGGUGUAUGGGGCCAAUGAGUAUCCACCAGAGAAGGUUGGCUGGCAUGAGCCAAGUAAUCGAUCGUCCUCUUCCAAACCUCAAGAGGCUUCAGUCAGAUCCCCGGCACCCUUCUCACCGGCACUUACAACACCAAAUCCAGAUCAUUUGGAUGUCUCCCGCCUUGUAACAUUACCUCCACCCUAUCCCCGUCACCAUCCAGCCGUCAACAACAAUCACCCAGACCUCACAUCCAUCCGCACUGUCGUACGUGUUCUCAGCGACUUCACUGAAGUCGAAGCCACCAAAGAGCGCUUCUCAACAAGUAGCAAACAGGUCCAAGAUGACCUCGCCGCCGAGACCAAGAAACGGCGAGACUCGCUCCGGAUCAAUAUCCAACGUGAAGUCGGCUCCGGAAACAUGACCUACGCAGAUGCCGCCAAGGUCGAAGCCACAGCCCUCGCAACUGAGCAGGAAAAGACCAAAGAAGCUUCCAAACUCGACUUCGAGCUCUUCCAGUCUCAAGUCGUGAUUCCCGUCAAUGACCUUCUCAUGGACCGAGUCAACCGCUCGACAGAGCUCUUCGAACAGCUGCGCUCCAAACUCUUUGUUGAUGCACAACAGCAGUCACCGAAUCUAACCCAAGAAGAAGGCGACGAGCAGCCCGAACUUCUUGAGAAACUCACACUCUUGAAAUGGAUCUUCGAGGCACGUGAGCAGCUCCACAGAGAACUCUUCGAUCUCCUCAGCGACCGCAACAACCGGUAUCGCGACAUGGUCAUAAUACCCUACCGGCUCGCCGGGAACAACGAGAAAAUACAGAACGCAGAGCUCUUCUUCGCUGAAGAUGCAUCCAAGCGAAAGCUAGCGUUUGAGCAAGAAGUGCUCAAACGCACGGAAGAAUUCAUGGAUAUCAUCGAAGAGAAUGUCGUCCGCGGUGUUGAGGUACAACUUUCUGCCUUUUGGGACAUCGCACCGUCUUUGAGCCGCAUCACGGACAAGAUUCCCAGCCGUAUUGAUGAGAGUUUCGCGAUCCAAAUCCCUGCUGCGGAGUACGAGGAGAAUCCCAGUUACUACGCUUUUCCGAUGCAAUAUCUCUAUAGUUUACUAGGACACUGCGAGAAAAGCACAUACCAAUUCAUUGAGAGCCAGACGAAUCUUCUAUGUCUACUGCACGAAGUCAAGAGCGGUGUCACGCUCGCGAAUUGUAGGUUAAUGCGUACGCAACGCAUCGCGCAGGGAGAAGGUGAGGAAGAGGUCGAGGCGGAGUUGAGAGAAGUGGAGAAGGAUGAGGAGGUACGUCUGACCGAUGAUCUGAAGGAGAAGGUCAGGUGUGUGGAGGAGCUGUGGAGUAGUGCGUUGGGAAGGGAAUUGACAGGAGUCAAGGAACGAAUCGUGAGUUUUUUGAUCGAGCAGGGUGGCUGGGACGAGGAUGAAUGAUCCAGAUUCUCCUCUUCUCAAAAACGAGUUUCUCUUUUAUAUUCUUUGUCUGGGUUGGGAUAGAUGGGUUGGGGACUCUCGAGAUACGAGUUGUAAAAGAGGCACGGCACGCAAGGGUGUUCGUUUCUUUGUAUUUAAUUCUACCUGUGAGCUAGCUAUGUUCGAAAAGAAGAGGAGGAAAAGUGAUGGAUACGAUACCCCGAAUGACCCCCACAGAUUACAGAAAUUACCACCAAAUAUUAUAUGUCUCUUACCAU